AUGGAUUGGCUACACAUCUACAUUGCCGGCGCGGCAUUUUUGGUUUUUGCCCUCGUGUCGCUGGUUCUGCUGGUCUCCUCCCAGCAGGUCAAGGUGGACUCAAAUCAUGGCAUUUUCGCCUAUCUAAAAUUCAUAUACGCCAAUUUCCUCAAACCUCACGACAAAACCGCUGAGGGUCAGCAGGGGGCAUUGGAGAGCUUUUAUAAGACUCAGGCCGCAGUUUAUGAUGCAACUCGUCGUCGUUUGCUACAUGGCCGUGAAGACAUGCUCGGCUUGGUUGCAGCUCAGCUGAAAUACAAGCUGGAGAAAAAGGAGAUCACGGCCGGAAAGGCUGUCUGGGUAGAUAUUGGAGGCGGCACUGGAUACAAUAUCGAGGCUAUGUCCGCCUUUAUUCCCGUCGACAAGUUCUUUGACCACGUAUACCUCGUGGAUCUCUCGCCGUCCCUCUGUAAGGUUGCUCGGGAACGCUUUCAACGCCUAGGAUGGAAGAAUGUGACUGUACUGUGCCAGGAUGCCCGGUCUUUCCGUCUUCCAGAGAAGCAGGUCGAUCCCAAGUCGGCAGAUAAUUCUACUACUGAUUGUGUGGAUUUGAUCACCAUGAGUUAUAGCCUUUCCAUGAUUCCUGACUACUAUAGCGUGGUUGACUCGUUAAAUCCCCGCCUAAAGCCUACGGGCAUACUGGGUGUCUGUGACUUUUAUGUACAGAGCAUUGUGGAUGUGUCUUGCCGUAACUACACUGGCGGUGCCUUCAAUCGUCAUGUCAACUGGUUGGGUCGUAUUUUCUGGCGUGCCUGGUUUGACUUUGACCGGGUUAGCCUCGAGGCCGCUCGUCGCGAUUACCUCGAGUACAAGUUCGGUACAGUCAUCUCUGCAAGCGAGCGAAACUAUCUCCUGGGUGGUAUUCCUUACUACAUCUUUGUUGGUUGCCCUAAGGAAAUCGCCUCUACCCCAUCGAGUCAAGCCGCCAUUGAAAAGCUGGAUGCAUCCUUCACAGAGUCUCCCUAUCUUCUUCCUGCAAACCACAAGAUGGAGAUGGACAAAGCCGUUGCGGACAGCACACGCGAGGUCCGUUCAAAGGCAUACGAGUCGGCUGUGAUCAACCUCAGCGCCAACCUGCCGCUUCCAUCAUCCUUCUACCAGAAUCAUCAUUACCGGAUUCACUACAAUGAUAUGCUGCCAAAGCACACCCAAUUCCAGAAUGAAUACAUUUAUGCGUUCACCUGGGAAGACCCGCGUGUGGAUCAUCGACUCCUCAACAUUGGCCCUGACGAUGUGAUCUUGGCUAUCACAAGUGCUGGAGACAACAUCCUCGACUAUCUUCAAAAGAAUCCUCGACGAGUACAUGCAGUGGACUUGAAUCCCAACCAGAACCACCUCCUGGAGCUUAAGGUAGCCAGCUUUACUGCGCUGGGACAUCGCGAUAUGUGGAAAAUAUUUGGCGAGGGCAAGCACCAGCAAUUCCGGGAGUUGCUCAUCUCAAAGCUCAGUCCUCAUCUGUCUAGUCAGGCUUUCCAGUACUGGAUUGAACACUCCCACAUCUUCACAUCCAAAUCUGGGCGUGGUCUCUAUGAGACUGGCGGCUCACGUCAUGCCAUCAAGAUGGUGCGUUAUUUGUUCAACAUCUUUGGCCUCCAUAAGGAAGUGGAUAAGCUGUGUGAGGCGCAGACCCUGAAUGAGCAGCGAGAUAUCUGGCCACGCAUCCGUCGGGUUCUUCUGAGCAAGCCAUUGAACUGGGCUAUUGUGAGCACUGAGUGGUUUGCCUGGAAGGCAGCCGGUGUGCCACGUAACCAGCGCAAUAUGAUCGUCGAUGACUACUUCCGUCGCAACGGGUUGACAACCGACAUGAAGCAAGGCAAGGAUGUCAGCGGUCAGUCUAUCUGGGAGUACGUCGUCAACACCCUUGACCCCGUGGUGAAGGACACUUUGAUCAGCAACGACAACUACUUCUACUACUUGUGUCUCCGGGGUCAAUUCUCUCGCCGGUGUCACCCCACAUACUUGUCUCCACAGGCGCAUGUCAAACUCUCUACACCAGGCUCUUUCGAUGGUCUUCGCAUCCACACCGAUGAGAUUAAUGAAGUCAUCAACCGCAUCACUCCCGGAACAUUGACCAUCGCCGUGGUCAUGGAUUCUAUGGACUGGUUCGACCCUACUGAGGAUGCUGCGUCCGCCCAAGCCCGUCGUCUCAACCACGCGCUGAAGAAAGGCGGCCGUAUUCUGCUUCGCUCUGCCAGCAUUGAGCCUUGGUAUAUCAAGCACUUUGAAGAGAAUGGUUUCACAGCUCGCCGUGUAGGAGCCCGAUUCCCCGGUACAUGCAUCGACCGUGUUAACAUGUACGCCUCAACUUGGAUCUGCACUAAGGAAGAUGACGUGUGCGAUCGGGUCCACGAAACGGUCGACCAGUGUGGAGGAUUUGCAGAUUUGAGCGUUAUGCUCUUUUAUUUCUCCCGUACCAUUCCCCUUGUCAGAUUUCUCCCUUAA